AUUUUUCUUGUUCACUAGCUUCGGAGUUUCUUUCGAAUAAUUAAAACGAAAACAAUGGCGACGGUUCAGUUCUUCAACCAAUUCCCCUGCACAACCCGAGUCCAAAGCCCAGCAAACCCUAAACCCCUCUCCAAGCCAACGACUCUGGUGCCUAUGAGCACGCUCACUCGCCGUCCAUUGUUCUCCCCCGGCGAAUUCGCCGUUUCUCGUGCGGAUUUCAGAGUCAGAGUCAUCGAUGCAGAAGACGAGUUGGAUCCGGAGACGAGUGAGGGAGGAUCUGCUCUAUUGAUGGCGGAGGAAGCAAUCGAAUCCGUGGAAGAGACGGAGGUUCUCAAGAGAUCGCUGGUGGAUUCGUUGUACGGCACAGACCGAGGGUUGAGCGCAUCGAGCGAGACGAGAGCCGAGAUCGGAGAUCUAAUCACACAGCUCGAGUCCAAGAACCCUACACCAGCUCCCACCGAUGCUCUCUUCCUUCUCAACGGCAAAUGGAUCCUCGCGUACACAUCGUUCGUUGGUUUGUUCCCGUUGCUUUCACGAGGGAUCGUGCCGUUAGUUAAAGUCGACGAGAUCUCACAGACGAUUGAUUCGGAAAACUUCACGGUCGAGAACUCUGUUCUGUUCGCUGGUCCGUUAGCUACAACCUCGAUCAGCACCAACGCCAAAUUCGAAAUCCGUAGCCCUAAACGCGUCCAGAUUAAGUUCGAGGAAGGUGUGAUCGGCACUCCUCAGCUAACGGAUUCGAUCGAGAUCCCGGAGUAUGUUGAGUUUCUUGGUCAGAAGAUUGAUCUUACUCCGAUCAGAGGGUUGCUUACUUCGGUACAAGACACGGCUACGUCUGUGGCUAGAACCAUAUCGAGCCAGCCACCGUUGAAAUUCUCCUUGCCAGGGGACAAUGCACAGUCGUGGCUGCUUACGACUUAUCUGGACAAGGACAUUCGGAUCUCUAGAGGAGAUGGUGGAAGCGUCUUUGUGCUUAUCAAAGAAGGAAGCCCUCUCUUGAACCCUUGAACUCUUUAAUGCCAAGUACAAACUAAGUGUUUAAUAUUGUUGUUGUAGUGUUAAUCGUUUGUAUUAACUCGGAUGGUAUGGACUAUGGAGUUAAGAAAUAAUGUUGUAGCUGCUAUAAAAAUACAAAAAAAAAAUACAAAUGUUAAGAAUCUCUUUGCUCU